AUGGCGGAAGUGGCACGGUGUCUGGAUGGAGGAACGAGGGAGGCCGGGAAGAAAUACUGGAAGGGAGACCACAUCAUCAGCGUGACCCAGAAAAUAAUAGAGGAGCACAUGCGCUCCAUCGCCAACCAGAAGACGAUAGACAUCGACGUCUCCAGGCUACACUGGACGCCGUAUGGCAAAUUGGACGGGAGGAGGUAG